UUCAACAGCCAAAAAUCCCUAAGAUGUCGCAGUUAUACGAUCCUUCGGAGGUGGCCCAAAACAAUGGCAAGAACGGAAAGCCCUGCUGGCUGAUCAUCAAGGGAAACGUCUACGAUGUGACCAACUUUCUGGCGGAACAUCCCGGCGGCGGGGAUGCACUCCUCGAGUACGGAGGCAAGGACGCCUCCAAGGCCUUCAAGCAGGCGGGUCACUCCUCCGAUGCCGAGCGGGAUCUGAAGAACUACAAAAUCGGGGAGCUUCGACCCGCCGAGGCGGCGCCAAUUCAAAUCCAGCCCCUGUCCACCGGAGCCAAGUCCGGAGUCAACACCAUUACCUCCGAUCCAGAACCUGCGAAGAAGAGCUCCUCCGGCUUCCUCUGCUGCUGCUAGUCGGGCCAAAAAGAAACAAGCAUCUUAUCAUAAUAGUGUCAUUUAGUAGAUUUAUUUACUUAGAAUCAGGUGUAAAUCAUUUACAAUUAGUGUAAUUAGUUUUAGCUAGGUCUAGGUCUCAUCUCAUUCUCUAGUCUAAGAAGAUCAACUCUGCUUACCUCGCUCUGAAUAAAUUGCAAUUAAACCUGGCGGAGCAACUCCACCACUC